AUGAAUUGCGAAGAAAAUGAUGGAAGUGAUGGCUUGUCAGAAACACAUUCUGGUGAUAUCAAUACCUGUUUGAAUUAUAAAUCUAUAUCAAAUGUUUCUAUAUAUCACAACUGUUUAAAUGUUACUCCCAGUGAUAAGAGAAUCCAUUUUGGAUCUCCACUGGGUUGUGAUAAUGCAGCUGAUAUUACUAUAUUUCAUAGCUGCAAUACAUCAAAUAAUAGUGUCGAAAACAGCAUCGAUGGCGAUAGUUCUUCUAAAUUGAUUCCGAACUCAAGUCAGCUUAAUGCAAUUGCUGGAAGUAAUAAUUGUGAUAAAUGUAUUGCUUCGAAUACCAAUGGAACCGCAAAUACGGACAGUAUUCAAAACGGUGAUGAUAAAAAGUCUAAAGUUCUUCUUAGUUCUUUUGGUGUGAGUAAUGGAGCUGGUGUAAAAAGUAUAAAGAAAGAAGAUGUUUCAUCCAAUUUGGCAACUAUUGAACUUAAAAUUAAGAACCCGAAAAAAAAUAUCGCAUUAAAUAGUGCAAUUGCAUCAAAAAGUUCUAAUGCAUCAAGAAGUAUAUUUGCAUCAAAAAGUAAUUUGCUUUUUGUUAAAAGCAAACUUAACCUACAAAUUACUCAAGCAAAGCGUAUACAUUUCCUCCGUUACGGUAACAAGUUUCAUACCGGUAUUACACUACCAGUUUCUAAGGUAAAAUACAAAGCUUUUGAAAGUCUCUUAGAAGACGUUACCCGCCUACUUUGCUGCACUCUUAAAUUACCUGGGCCGAUACGAGCAAUUUAUACCAAAAAUGGUGAAAAUAUUAUUUCUAUUGAGGAAUUCGAUCCAACUCAAUCUUACAUAUGUUGCUGUAAAAAUGAAACUACAAAAAAAGAAACAAUAAAUGACGGUCCACAAAACAAAGCACCAGGAAGAAUUUCACUCUGUCAAACUCAACGACCCACUCGUUAUCUUCGGCUUGACAUAAAGCGUGAAGGUUGUGUGCGUCCACGUGUUAUUAUCUUAAUCAAAUAUGGUCCGAAACCAAGGAAGAUAUUUCAGCUUCUUUUAAAUAAGGAUAAUAAUCAGUCAUUUGGAAAAAUCAAGCAAACAAUUACUGUCGCCUUAAAAAUGAACUCAGGUUCCAUACAAAAAAUAUUUACGCUUUGGGGAUUUGCCAUCCGGAAGUUGGAAGAGUUCUUUGGAGAUGAAGAUAUAUUUUUAGUUCACAGUAAUGAAUAUGUUUACUAUCCAGAUAAUUUUGAACUAGACGGCGCUGAAAUUCAAAAAUUAGAAGAAAUUUGUCAGAAGUCACAAAAUAUUGGCAAGUUAUAUCAAGUUUUAGAAGCGGAAACUUCACAAACAGUUGAGAAAGAAUUCGAUAUACCCGAAAUACUACAUGAUAGGUACAAAAUUGAGGAUAAAAUAGGUGAAGGACAUUUUGCUGUAGUUAUGAAAAUUAUUAGUCGGCGUACAAAAAAAACUUUCGCACUUAAAAUUGUUGAUAAAUACAAGUACGAUGACGUGGAAGAGGUUAUGGAUUCGGAAAUUAACGUGUUGCGUACAUUAAAUCAUCCUCACGUUAUAUCACUUUUGACAGUCAUAAACCGUCCCAAAAAAUUUUACUUAGUCACCGAUUAUAUGGCUGGAGGCGAUGUUCACGAUGUACUAAGUAAGUCUAAACAAUUUUCUGAACCGCAAUGUCGUUUGAUAGUGAAGCAAUUGGUUUUAGCAUUAAAUUAUCUGCAAACAUUGCAUAUUGUUCAUCGGGAUGUAAAAGUUGAAAAUCUGUUAGCUUUGUGCGAUGAGUCCGGAUAUAUAAAAAAUGUAAAAUUGGCAGAUUUCGGUUUAGCAGUUCAAACUAAGAAACAAUUAUUUGUUUUGUGUGGAACGCCAUUAUAUAUGGCACCUGAAAUGCUAUCAAUGGAUGGUUAUGGUAAAGAGAUCGAUGUCUGGGCGACGGGUGUAGUGCUGUACUAUAUGGUUUUUAAGGCAGCACCAUUUGAUGAUGAUGAUGAGCAGUUAUUGCAUGAGAAAAUAUCUGUUGGGGAAUUCUGCUAUCCUGAAACCGAGGUAAGUGCAGAUUGCAAGAAUUUGAUAGAAAACUUACUUCAAAUUGAUCCUCGUACACGUUUUACUUGUGACAAAAUUUUGAAUCAUAACUGGAUGAAAGGGAAAACUUUUGAACAUUAA